CUUAAACGAGGCGCCACUGGCGAUCGUGAACUACGCAACCUUCUUUAGUCGACUUGCCAAAGAGCCGUGAUGUAGACCGUCCAUUUUGUUUCAAGCCGUGAAACAUACAUACUGCAUUUAGCGUGUUCCACGUUUCGUGUCAUCAAGGACUUAAAAAAUGCGUUACGUGGCCGCUUAUCUUUUGGCUGUCCUGGGUGGCAAGAAUGCACCCAACCAAACUGAUAUUGAGAAGAUCUUAUCCUCUGUUGGUAUCGAAGCUGAUGCUGAGAAACUAAAGAAGGUGAUUUCUGAACUCAAUGGAAAGAAUAUUGAUGAAUUGAUUACUAAAGGACGUGAAAAGCUGUCCUCUAUGCCAGUUGGUGGUGGUGCAGCUGCUCCUGCUGCAGCUGCAGCUGCUGCUGCUCCAGUUGAAGAAAAGAAAGCAGAAGAAAAGAAGCCUGCAAAAGAAGAAUCUGAGUCAGAAGAUGAUGACAUGGGAUUUGGUUUGUUCGACUAAACAUCUACUUGCCAUCCAGAACAGUAAAAAGGAUUUUAUUCUCCAGCAGCAAAGCAAUUCACCUAUACACGUCAUCGUAUUUUAUCUAUUAUUGUAACUUCUGCUGAAGAAUAAAUCGUUUUGAAUUUUUAUGA